CACCGCCUCCCGCCUGCCUCCCUCUCGGAGCUCCGGGCCAAGGCGCGCGGUGGCGUCCUCGCGCCCUCGCCGGCGCCCCCGCCCGUCGCCCGCGCGGGCCCGGCAUGAACGCUGAGACUUGCGUCUCGUACUGCGACUCGCCCGCAGCUGCCAUGGACGCCUACUACAGCCCGGUGUCGCAGAGCCGGGAGGGUUCGUCGCCUUUUAGGGGAUUUCCCGGGGGCGACAAGUUCGGUACAACUUUCUUGUCGGCCGCAGCCAAAGGCCAGGGAUUCGGGGAUGCCAAGAGCCGGGCCCGCUACGGCGGCGGCGCGGGGCAGCAGGACCUGGCGGCACCCCUAGUCGAGAGCGGCGCCGGGGCGCGGGGCUCCUUUAAUAAGUUCCAGCCCCAGCCACCGACCCCGCAACCCCAGCCGCCGCCGCCGCCCCCGCAGCCCCAGCCGCCGCCGCCGCCGCCGCCGCAACCGCAUCUCUACUUGCAGCGGGGCGCCUGUAAGACACCCCCAGACGGCAGCCUCAAACUCCCGGAGGGCAGCAGCGGCCACAACGCGGCCUUGCAGGUCCCCUGCUACGCCAAAGAGAGCUCCCUGGGUGAACCGGAGCUGCCACCUGACUCUGACCCCGUGGGCAUGGACAGCUACCUCAGUGUGAAGGAGGCUGGGGCAAAGGGAGCCCAGGAGCGGGCGAGCGCCGACCUGCCGAGCCCCCUGGAGAAGGCCGACUCGGAGAGCAACAAGGGCAAGAAGCGGAGGAACCGGACCACCUUCACUAGCUACCAGCUGGAGGAGCUGGAGAAGGUCUUCCAGAAGACCCACUACCCCGACGUGUACGCGCGGGAGCAGCUGGCCAUGAGGACGGACCUCACCGAGGCCCGCGUGCAGGUCUGGUUCCAGAACCGUAGGGCCAAGUGGAGGAAGAGGGAGCGCUUCGGGCAGAUGCAGCAGGUGCGGACCCACUUCUCCACUGCCUACGAGCUGCCCCUCCUCACCCGAGCGGAGAACUACGCCCAGAUUCAGAACCCGUCCUGGAUUGGCAACAAUGGGGCUGCUUCACCAGUGCCAGCUUGUGUGGUCCCCUGUGACCCCGUGCCAGCCUGCAUGUCCCCUCACGCCCACCCCCCUGGCUCUGGGGCCAGCAGUGUCACCGACUUCCUGAGUGUCUCUGGGGCUGGCGGUCACGUGGGCCAGACACACAUGGGCAGCCUGUUUGGGGCCGCAGGCCUCAGCCCAGGCCUCAAUGGCUAUGAGCUGAAUGGUGAGCCGGACCGCAAGACCUCCAGCAUCGCAGCGCUGCGCAUGAAAGCUAAGGAGCACAGUGCGGCCAUCUCCUGGGCCACAUGACAGCACCCCACCUGUCCCUCCCAGUGCCCCUCCCUGCCUCGGGGUCCUGGCCAUGCCCCUGCUUUCCAGGCCCCCAGUCUCCCACUCAACCCUCUUCUUAGGAACCUGGCCUGGCCCAGGGGCCUGGCCCUCAGCACUUUCAGCCACCCCAAGUCUGAGGUCCCAUGGACUGCUGGGACUGAGUAGGCAGCAGGCCCCUGCAUCCCCCCUCCC